GUGUCCACGAUUACGCUCUCCACACUCCCAGUAAUUCUGUCGGAAUGGCUUACGUCCUAAUGGAUAUGGUUGAGGGCCAUGCGCUCGACUGGGACAGUCUUGACGAUGCUGCCAAGAAGCAUGUCCUUGAACAGCUCGCUGAUGUCUUCAUCAAACUGUCCCAACAUCCCUUCUCUGCCAUCGGUUGUUUGUACCCCUCUGAAAGCGACUCAGCCACUAUUGGCCCCAUCACUGCUGAUGACCUUGCGGACGGUGGUGAAGAUGGUUCACUUUCAGUUCUUGGUCCUUUCAGUAGCUCCCAGUCAUACCUGCACGCGACAAUUGAGCGUAACCUUGGUUUUAUCCGUGCUGGAAAGGCUUAUGCGAACGCUCGUAUUGAUGCCUACCUCGUUCAUCUGUAUCUUCUCGAUUCUCUUCCUGUUCUAUCCAAGGGAUCCAGCGAUUCUGAGAAAUUCUUUCUCAAACACAUGGAUGAUAAGGGCGAUCACAUCCUCGUCGAUGACAAGUUCAAUAUCGUCGGAAUAAUCGACUGGGAAUGGGCACAAUCCCUGCCGAAAUCUGACGCAUUUGCCUCGCCGCUCUUCUUGCUUGAUGUCGCCCGCUAUUACGAAGGCUAUAAUGAACUGAGUACAGACGAGACAUUCUUUGCAACUGUCUUGGAGGCGAAGGGCCAUAAAGAAUUAGCAGAGCUUGCCAGGCUUGGUCGGGUUCAACAUCGUAUUUCUCAUUGUGUGGGCGGGGACGUCGAGAAUUCUGAUGACUUCCCGAUGCUUUUCGCUGGACUCCAGAAACUUCUUCUUGGAAAUGACGAUCCCGAGGUCGAUUGGCACUCCUGGAGGACGAGUGCGCUGAAGAGGUAUCGGUCAGACGUGGGAUUGCAAGCAUUGUUAUCGGCGGAGAACCCGGUUUGAUCUUGAAGGACCCAUGAUAAUAUGCCUGAUAUGCCGUUCUCCAUGAAGAGCUUUGGAUCCGGACAUAUGGCUGUACUUUCUCCGGACUCCCUAACGAUCCCCGAAAAUCAUCAAAUUUACUAGGAAUUAUCAGAUUUUUUACUUGAAACUACUUGAAACUACUUCGAACUAUAGAGAUUACUUCUGAAUCCCUCGAUGUAGGUAUCUACUGUAGUACGUAUGAAAAAUAGGUGGUCAAAGGUCAGGGG